GUUUACAUUAUUCGCUACGUAGUUGUAUCAGCACACGGACGUGAAAACUUAAACUUAGUGAUAUACUCUGGAAUUAUAUAGUUAUAAUAUGCCUGUGCGAUCAAUCGGUAAAUUUGGAAAUAUGGAAUCAAAAGGAGUUCGUAGAUGCUUGUUCGGAAUUCCCAAUCACGAGGAAUUGAAAGCUGAACUCAAAGCGCAAUUGAAACAGACUGAUCAUGAGAUGAAAAACACUUGGAAUUUUGAUCCACUGCUUGAUCAACCCUUAAAUGGACGUUACGAGUGGAGUUUACUUGAAAAUAAUGAUGUGCCUUCUUUUUACACGAAGGCAUACAAACCCUCUAAAUUUAGAAGCCGAAGAGACGUUAUUCUAGAUAUUGACAUUAAAUUAGAAGAAUCCAAAAAUACAGUACCAGCAGCAGUCCCAGCAACCACUAGGUUGACGGGAGAAACGGAGUCUGACAUAGAAGCCGAAGAGGUCGACCUGAAACGGGAAAAUGAAACGACACCAGAAGCCCGUGUCGUGAGACAAACAAAAAUUCCUGAAUACAUGAGAGUAAAGAAAAGGCGAUUGUCUGAAGGUUAUAGCAGUGAUGAUGAGUCAAGACCAAGCAAGAUCGCACGAACGUAGCUCGUUAAUUACAUAGUAGAUUCUACUUUAUCUUUUAUUUAUUGCUUACCAAAGCAAGUGCUAGCCGGAUUGGUGCAAAUGGUGCCCCAUUACAUCACUUUAUUUGUUUGAAGAUUUGGGAUUCUUACCAAAGCCUGGAAUAUAUAGAACUGUCAUGCAUCCAAGGGGGAACUUUUUCCACAAAUUGCACAUGUUUAACAAAUGCACGUGAACAUUUCUCCAGAAAAUUACAAAGAAACCCAAAGCAAACAAUGAUCUCAGAGGGUGUAUAUGGAGUUACCAUGACAACGGCUAAACUAUAGAUUGUGAUAGAUAUAGAAACCUCCAAGAUAUUCAUCCAUCAAAUGGACAAUCCACACAAAAGUAUACUAGCUCUAUCUAAUGGAUUAGCUUAAAUUUAGUACACAAAACAUCUUGUAAAGGUGUUUAAAGAACUCGUGUACAAGUCAUUUGUGUUAUCUCAAAACCCUGGCGACCAGCGGGCGACUUAAAUUCAGGAUCAGCGAAGCUGGGUUAUCUAAAUGUGACCGAUAUGCAGGGGAAGUCACUGCAGUCAGUAAAGUUCUCAGAGGGGCAGGGUAUUAGUUACAAACAAAUGACUGGUGCACGGGAAUCUUCAGAAAUUACUAUUAUUGUUUCUUUUUUCAAUUCACUUAAAUCUUUGAUAGGGAUAUAAUAUAUAAUGUCUUUAAAGUAAACUAUUUCUGAAUAUAAAGCAUAAUUUAUUACAAUGUAUUUAAACAUAUAUCUAUGAUGAAGUUCUGCAUACAUGUGCAGUAUCUUUUAAUAGGUAUUUAAGAGAAUUAAA